GAAUGACUUCGGUUAGGUCGGUAACUAGUAGUUCUGGAAGUCCAGUGGAGGUACCUAAGAAAAUCAACGACUCCUCAUCUGUGCAGAAAUUUUUACAAGAAACGGUAAAAGCAAAACAAAAUCAAAAUGGCAAACUCAGCAGAAACCAUCAAAUUCCCAGAUAAUUUCUUGCUUGGAACUGGAUCUAGUGCUUAUCAAGUCGAAGGAGCGUGGAAUAAGGAUGGUAAAACCCCAAAUAUUUGGGAUGAGUUUUUCCACAGUGGAAAACAUGAUAAACAUGAUUACUACAUUCCCAAACACACCAUAUCAAACGUCGAGAAAACUAUUGAAAAUGGUGUUCACACAAUUGUACAAAAAAUCCAUGACAAGAACCAAGAAGUCAAGCAUAAGUUAGUCAGAGUUGAAAAUAUUUUCAAAGGAUUUUUCCAUUACGACAAAAAACAUAGCGAAGCUAUGUGUAAUGCGCCUAAGUGUGAAACAAAAUACUGCAAUGAAGAUGGUGGCGAAAUUGCUUGUGAUUCGUACAAUAAAACAGAUACAGAUGUCCAACUUUUGAAGGAACUUGGUGUUCAAGUAUAUAGAUUUUCAUUGAGUUGGUCAAGAAUUUUGCCUAAAGGAGAUGAUGCAGAACCCAAUCAGGCUGGAAUUAACUACUACAAAAAUCUUAUACAAAAAUUACUGGAUAACAACAUCCAACCAUUGGUGACCAUUUAUCAUUGGGACUUGCCUCAAGCUCUUCAAGAUAUCGGCGGAUGGGCAAACACUAAUAUUAUUAGAUAUUUUACAAACUAUUGUAAAUUCGUGUUUGAAACGUUUGGUGAUAAAGUAAAAUUAUGGUCCACAAUCAAUGAGCCUAGAUUAAUAGCCGAAGGUUAUGCUACUUCCCAAGCAGCUCCAGCCUUAGGAGAAAAAUUCAGCGGUAUAGCUGAUUACAUGGUCGUUCAUAACUUAAUUCUCGCACAUGCUUAUGCGUAUAGGAUGUACUGUGAUCAGUUCAAAGAAAAACAAAAUGGUAUAAUCAGCUGGUGUGUGGAUACUAUUUGGUUUUUCCCGGUAAACGCCGACGAUGAGGAACACAAGAAAGCAGCCGAUCUUGCCUUCCAAUCAUUUGUUGGCAUAUUUAUUCAGCCUCUGGUGACAGGCGAGUACCCGCAAAACGUUGUUGACUCCGUUAUCGAAACGAAUAAAAUGGAAAAUAAAAACAUAUGGCGAAUCUUGCAGUUCACAGAACAUGAAAAAAAAAUCGUCAAAGGCGCUUACGAUUAUAUUGCAUUCAAUUAUUACUUUUCACUGCAUGCGGCACCAAUGACUCCAGAAAAAUAUAAAGAAACUACAUCAUUGAAAUCUAAAGACUUGGGAGCUGAAUUAUUUGGAUUUUUAGAACCAAAAGUGCCAGAAGAUACAAAUCAAGGUUUCAGAAAUAUUGUCGAUUAUUUAGAUAAAACAAUGAAUCAUCCAAAAAUCUUUAUAUGUGAAAAUGGGUUUAGUGAAACUGAAAGCAUGGACCAAUCCUUAGAAAAAAAAUUAUAUCAUCAUGGUAUUUUAUGCGAAGUUGAUAAAGCGAUAAAAAGAAAUAUCGACAUUAUUGGAUAUUGUGUUUGGUCAUUUUUGGAUUCAUUAGAAUGGGCCCAGGGAUACAGCUCUAAAUACGGCAUCUAUGGUGUAGAUUUCAAGGACCCAUCAAGACCUCGUUAUAAGAAAGAGAAGAUUUUCACCUUUUUCGAAAGAUUGUUCAAAACAAAAACAUUGCCGCCUCCAGAAAUUGAAUAAUAUUUAAAUUAUUUUUACCCUUCUUAUUGUUCUUUUAUCCUUUUAUUAUACUCUUAUAUUUUUUAAAUACUUAAACUUGCGGGUAUUAUAGACAUAAAGAGUCUAUUUUUAUUAUAAAUCAUUUGGGUUGUAUUUGAAUUAUAAACAAAAACUAUUUUAUUAUAAUAUUUACUUUUUUAA